UGAUCUCGAUGACGCAACAAUACUAACAAUUUUAUGUUGAUUACUUUCUUGACUGUACUAUAGGUCUACGUGUGAUUUAUUCACAAGUUACAGCUUUCACUUUAAGGAAAAGUAUAUAUUUUUUAGAAAGAAACCAAGUAUACCUGAUCUGAAGAUGGCAUAAUAGACAAAACUGAAUAAAUCUUGUGAGAUCAUAAGCAAAACAACGGUGAAGAAAAAGAAGAAAGAUUUCAACCAGAGGCAUUAUAAAAAUAUAAAUAUAAAUACAUACAGUUAUAAACUCCUGUUAAAAUGUCAAGUUACCAAAGCAGUGGUUAUGCCACUGGUGGUGGCCCUCCAUCUGUGCAAUGCUCCAGUAAGGUGGAACUUCAUAUCAGGUGUCGUCAGCUUCGUGACAUGGAUGUGUUGUCAAAGUCAGAUCCUAUGGUAGUGUUGUUAGUACAACAAGGUGGAAGAAUGAUUGAGCACAACCGCACAGAAAAUGUAAAGAAUAGUUUAAAUCCAGAUUUUGGAAAGGCUAUUCAGAUAGAUUAUUUUUUUGAAGAAGUUCAGAAUUUGAGGUUUGAAGUAUAUGAUAUUGAUAACAGUACAGCAACACUUAAUGAUGAUGAUUUUUUGGGUGGAAUGGAUUGCACUUUGGGUCAGAUUGUAGCUGGUAGCCCUUUUACUAGACCACUAAAUUCAAGAUCUGGACAUCACCUAGGAAAAAGCACCAUUACAGUAAUCACAGAAGAACUAGAGACAAGCAACAAGGAUAUCCUUAUUCUAUCUUUCAAAGCUCAUCAUCUUGACAAUAAGGAUUUUUUUGGCAAAUCGGAUCCAUUUCUUGAAUUCCGAAAGCAAGGAGCUGAUGGUAACUGGUUAUUGGUGCAUCGAACUGAGGUGAUAAAAAAUGAUCUGAAUCCUGUUUGGAAGACAUUUGAGAUUCGAGCACAAUCACUCUGUAGUUCCAAUCCAGAAAGUCCAGUCAUGAUAACUUGCUAUGACUAUGAUUCUGAUGGAAGUCAUGACCUAAUAGGUGAUUGUACAACCACCUUAGGUCAGUUAAUGGAAGCACAAAGCCAUCAGGUCGAGUGGCCAUGUGUCAAUAAAAAGAAGAAAGAGAAAAAAGGAAAAUCAUAUAAGAACUCUGGAAUUAUAAUUCUUACUUCUUGCAAGGUUACAAAAGCAUAUACAUUUUUGGAUUACAUCCUUGGAGGAACCCAACUUAAUUUUACAGUAGCAAUAGAUUUUACUGCAUCCAAUGGUGAUCCACGAGAUUCCAGAUCUCUACAUUUCAUACAUUCUACAGAGCCAAAUCAGUACAUGAAGGGAAUUUUGUCUGUUGGUAAUGUUAUACAAGACUAUGACAGUGACAAGAUGUUUCCUGCCUUAGGAUUUGGAGCUAGGAUACCACCAACAUGGCAAGUGUCUCAUGAAUUUGCAUUGAAUUUCAACAUGAAUAAUCCAUUUUGUGCAGGUGUGGAAGGUUUAGUAGAAGCUUACCGUAAUUGUUUAUCCCAGAUACAGCUAUAUGGCCCAACAAAUUUUGCUCCUGUUAUCAACCAUGUGGCUAAGUUUGCAUGGCAAGCUCACCAACAGCCUGCUCCUGAUAAUUACUUUGUGCUUCUACUCUUGACUGAUGGUGUUGUAACAGACAUGGAUGAAACAAGAAGGGCCAUUGUGUAUGCUUCUCAGUUGCCAAUGUCCAUCAUAAUUGUUGGGGUAGGACAAGCAGAUUUUUCAGCAAUGAAUUUUCUUGAUGGGGAUGAUGGAGCUUUGAGAUCGCCAGAAGGUCAACCAGUAGCUCGAGACAUAGUUCAGUUUGUACCUUUUUACAGAUUUGAAAAGGGCCCGUAUAGUUUACUUGCAAAGGAAGUUUUAGCAGAAAUACCUCAGCAACUUGUUCAGUACUACAAAAUGAGAGGGAAUUCAAGGAAUGGCCCAACUUGUACAUCAACUUCAUCUGUUAUCAAGAUUGUACUUUUUCAACAUCCCAAUAUAGUUAUAUAUUUUUGCUGGUUUAUCUAUGAUCGUUUAUAUGAAGCAGAAUUUGUUUAAUAUUUUGGUCAUCAAUGGAGUUGCUUAAAAUUAAUGUAGAUCUUUUUUCUUAUCAGAAUGACAGAUCUAAAAAUUUAGGUUUGUGACUGUAUCAUAUUAAUAACCAUUUUAAUGUUGCACAUUUAUGCCACUUUUUAUAGUAAUUAUACUAACUAAUAUUCCUUUUUUCAACAAUUCAAACUUCUAAGUUGGAAUAAUUAGAAAUGAGAAAAGUGAACAAUGAGGCGAACUGCUUAGUCUUAGAAAUAAUUCUAAUUAAGGUUUGUUCGAUAUGAAAAAACUUUUUCUCAGUGAGGCCAAAGGUUGGAUUUUAAUAACAUUAGUAAAUUAAUGUUAUACUGUCUGCAUGUAUUAUACUAGAACAAUGAUGUUUUUCAGUUUUGUAGCCUAUACAUAUUUUAUAUUUGUAACAACCAACUUUUAAAUAUAGUUUCAGAUUUAAAGCAUUAAGUAUAAUAGCAAAUUAUGGUCAAUUUAUGAAGAGAAGCCUGCAUCUUAUUAUUAAGUAUUUUUUAUGAUUAAAGAUACUACACAUAUCUUGAAUACAACGCAUAUUUUGGACUUUUAUUAUUUUAAUUUUACAAAGAUACCAAUAAAAAAAUUAUUUAAAGUGCUUCAAGUUCGAAUCAUCAUUUAUUUACACUGUAAUGAAAAUAUCUAAAUUUACAAAAUCUUCAUUUUACAUGCCCUAUAAGACAUAAGUAUGUGAUCAAUUAUAAUGAGUGAUUAAAUUACUGUAGAUAUAAAUUACUAUGAUAACAACAGAAGUGUGUGAUGUAAUGUCUGUUCAAUAAGAAAAGAAAAUCGUUCUCAGAAUAUUAACAAUUGUUUUAUUACUAUUAUGUUAAAAAGGAGAAGUCUUCUAAUGAACAAAGGUGUAGCAAGAGGAAGCAUUUUUUUUUUUAUCCUUAUGGCUUUAACCACUUAGUGAUCUGCAAGUGGGACAGCAGUAAGUUUAUGAACUGACAACUCAAAAACUGAGGUUCAGUUCCUUGCAGUGGACACAGCAUAUAGUCCAAUGUGGCUUUGCUCUAAAACAAACAAGCAAGGCCCCCUAGUGGCUCAGUGGUAAGGGUAAUAACGUUAAAAAUCGGGUUUCGAUAUGCCCAUGGUGGGCAUAUCAGAUAGUCCAUUGUGUAGCUUUGUAAUUAACAACAACCAAGUAGAUAUUGUGGUUUUGAAUGAUGUGAUAUCUGAUGAAGAUUUUAAAAAAAGUUUUGUAAUAAAAUUGAUAAAACUGCCAAAAGAGACCCAGUUAUUAUUUUUUAUUAUUAAAGAAUAAUAAUUUUAAACAAAGUGAUAAAACUAGUGAUCACUGUAGUGAAUGCUCAGAAAAUAUUGGUGCCCAGUAGAAUAAUGAAUUCACGAUCUGUUAAGAAAUGACAAAGGUAUCAUUUACUCAUGGGGUACACAGACAUCUCAGUAGAGAAGAGAAACAAAAAAAAAAAAACAGAAAAUAA